AGUGUGCUUCAUAACACCGAGCUGUUCGUCGGAUUGGACAUCAAGCUGAGAGAAAACAACCAUUAAUCAACCAUGGCUGCACUUUUUAAAGCAAGGAGAGCUCUCAGCUUGUGUCUGACCGGCUGCCGGAGUCUGACGCAGCUCGCCGAGCUUCCAGAGACUCAUCAGAUCCUGAGACAGACCUGCAGAGACUUCGCCGACAGAGAGCUCACCCCCAUCGCUGCCAAACUCGACAAAGAGCACACGUUCCCUGCCAAACAGAUUCAGGAGCUGGGGGCGAUGGGGGUGAUGGCCAUGGAGGUGCCUGAGGAGCUGGGAGGAGCUGGGAUGGAUUAUCUGGCGUACAGUCUGGCGAUGGAGGAGAUCAGCAGAGGAUGUGCGAGCACCGGAGUCGUGGUCUCUGUUAACAAUUCUCUGUACAUCGGACCCAUCCUGAAGUUCGGCUCAGAGGCGCAGAAGCAGCAGUGGGUCACACCGUUCACCACCGGAGAGAAAGUCGGCUGCUUCGCUCUCAGUGAGCCAGGUAACGGCAGCGAUGCGGGCGCCGCCUCAACGACGGCCCGUCAGGAGGGAGACGAAUGGGUCCUGAACGGGACCAAAGCCUGGAUCACUAACAGCUGGGACGCUUCAGCAACCAUCGUGUUCGCUACUACGGACAAGAAGCUCAAACACAAGGGCAUCAGCGCCUUCCUGAUCCCGAUGCCUCACCCAGGACUCUCUCUGGGGAAGAAGGAGGAUAAGUUGGGCAUCAGAGCUUCGUCCACUGCUAACAUCAUCAUGGAGGACUGCAGAGUCCCGCUGGGAAACAUGCUGGGGCCCCGAGGAGCCGGAUUCAAAAUCGCCAUGCAAACUCUGGACAGCGGACGGAUCGGUAUCGCAGGUCAGGCUCUCGGUAUCGCUCAGGCUGCUCUGGACUGUGCUGCAGACUACGCACACAAACGCACCGCAUUCGGAGCCCCGAUCGGCAAACUGCAAGCCAUUCAGUUCAAACUUGCUGACAUGGCCGUGGCACUCGAGAGCGCUCGUCUGCUCACCUGGAAAGCUGCACUUCUCAAAGACGCCAAGAAGCCGUUCUCUAAGGAAGCAGCCAUGGCCAAACUAUCAGCAUCUGAAGCCGCCACCUUCUGCUCACAUCAGGCGAUCCAGGUUCUGGGUGGGAUGGGUUACGUGGCGGACAUGCCUGCUGAGAGGCAUUACCGCGAUGCACGCAUCACUGAGAUCUACGAAGGCACCAGUGAGAUCCAGAGGCUGGUUAUCGCCGGAAACCUACUGAAGGAAUACCAGCAGUAGACACGCUUCUAUCAGUGCCAACACGGACAUAAUCCCAAAAUACAUGACAUCACCUCAUCCAUAAAGAUAAAGACGACAGCAAUCACACUACGAGAAGUUCAAAGAAUAUUCAGCCGAAUUUAAACGUUUAAUUACCUCCGCUGUCUGAAGAAGGGCAUUCAGGAAUAAUUAUCAGUUUCACACCUGCCUCCAAAACUGCCUUAACAGAGUCAGUAAUGUUCACAGUUUAAAGGGUCAGGUCACCCAAAAGGAAGUAAAAAUAACUUUCACCUCUAGUUAUAACAACAAU